CAAUAAAGACGUUAUCAUAGAUGAAAAACGUAUAAAAAUGCAGACACACUGAGCUGUUUCACCACUUCCUUGCGGUGCCAAGAACGCUGUGACAGAGAUGAAGCUCGUAUUCCUGCUGGUUUGCGUCGGACUCGCGGCCGGUUUGCCGGCUCCGAAGACGAAAGUCCUCCCUAAUUCAUACCAGGAGGGCUCUUCGCGCAUCGUGGGUGGAAUCGAGGCCACUGUGAACCAAUGGACAUCCAUCGUGUCUCUCAACAUCGUUGAGCGGAACCAUCACUUCUGCGGGGGGACUCUCAUCGCUCCCAACGUCGUCCUGUCAGCUGCCCACUGCGCCGAUGCUCUGGACAAUGGUGGCUACACCCCCAACCAGAUCGUGGCGAAGGCCGGGAAGCACAGCCUGUCCACUGUGGAGCCCACCGAGCAGGUUCUAGGCGUGCAGGGCUGGCUUAUCCACCCCAGCUACAACCCCAACACCAUCGACUAUGACGUCGCGCUUUUCUUCCUGAGUGACAACGCCCAGUUGAACGAAGACGUGACCCUGAUGCCCCUGGUUGAUGCGGGACAGGAGUUUGCAGGCGACACGGAAUGCUACACCGCCGGCUGGGGAGAUACCCAAGAGACGGCUGACCAGGACCUGUUGCAGCAGGCUUUCAUGCCCAUUGUAGCCCACUCGACUUGCAACGGGUUCCUGUAUUGGUGGAAUAUCAUCACUCCCAGAAUGCUAUGCGCCGGCCACUGGGACGGACAUCAGACUUCCUGCAAUGGUGACAGUGGCGGCCCGCUUGCUUGUCCUCUGUCCAACGGUCAGUUCAAACAGGCAGGCAUCGUCAGCUUUGGGGUCAACGGCUGUGUCGGCACCUUCAAACCCACCGUGUUCGCCAAGGUCGGCAAUCUCCGCAGCUGGAUCGAUAACAACAUGGCCAAUGUCGGAAAGUAGUCGGCUUUGAGCGGUGUGGGUCAAUCCUUCAUGGUACCAAAUGGCACCGUGUGAGGAUGGCCAUCGUUGAUGUUAAAGCUCGAUUCUAAUCGUAACACCAAACAAACAAAAAACAAGGUCCUAACUUAACAUCUGUUCGGGCCUGUAGCCAUAGGGAGAGCAAACGGCAGUUAACUAUUAAUUGUACUUUGUCAUAAUGGUACAAUGGUGGAAUUUUCUGCAGAAAGAAAAACGGCUUCAAUAAACAGAUAUUGAUCACCA